AAAAGAUGGCAACUUGGUAGAAACAGCUUCCCGAAAUUUCUGCUUCUAUUUGCCUUUUCGCGGCGAAAAGUUUGGCUAUUUUGUUUAAUGGCUUUCCGGAUGAGAAGCGAGUAAAUCCGUUUUUCCUCGUUCACUGUGUGAAGUCCUGUUCCUUCCAUCCAAUACGUGUGACAAUUACGUUGUAGUGCAUUGUUAUUUGUUUUACAUCGUGUGCUGGAAUUCGUCCCAUGAGCAGAAAUAUGACCAUCCCAUCGAGACCAGCACCGCCACCACCGCAGCGUAAUACGACCGCGCCUUUGCGAUACACACCCACCACAGAUUGGGACUUUUGUGCUUUCGAUUCCAGCAGCGCAUCCAGCAGCCAACUCGAAACCGGAAGUGGGCAAGGCUUUCCGGUGCAACAGUCACACAAUGUCAAAGCAAAAAAGCCACCUCCACCAAGGCCACCACCGCCAAAGUUAUCAGCCGCACCGACGGCUCCACUGAAGAAACCUAACCAACCGCAAUCGAUAAACAUUCUGUCCAGCUUGUUUGGCCAUAAACGCGGGUCGAAUGGAGCGACCACCAGCAAACCAGUCGGUGGGCCAAAACACAAUUUGAUUUCCGGUCCGGUCAAAUUGCUGCCGCCUCCAUCGACGAAGCCUGUGCCAGGAAAGGUUUCAAAUUUUACAACUUUCACCGAACAUCACAACAGCAGUAGCAGUAGUAGUACCAACCAGUUGGUGAGGAGCACCGGAACGGGACCAACCGCAUUAACGGAAAUGCAACUGAUAAGCUUCGAUUCGCCUCCCAGUUCGCCGACCUUUACACAAAAAUCCUGCAGCGAUUGCAUUAGUGUGGACAGUUUCAGUUCGGACUCGAACUACUCGUCUCCCAACAAUGGUAACAUGUCACAGGCCGAAAGUGGCUUUGAGGAUGAUUUUGUCGCAUGCGGCAGUAACAAUCGCCCACAGCCUGGUGCUAGUGUACUUUGGGGUGAUCUGGAUCCGUUUGAUGGUGGCCAUGGUACGGCCGCACCAACGCCUGUCAUUUACGGCACACUUCCAUUAGCAUCGUCGGCAACGGCCCAGAUUCGGGCACCGUUGAUAAACAGCAAACUGCAACAAUCCGAUUUCGUCGAUCCGCUGUGCAAUGGACAGAGCGUUCUACCGAAGGUACCAAUCAUAUCAAUGCCCACGAUAAUAAAACCUCCAACCACCAGCAACCCAGAGAGCCAAAAAUCUACUCCAUCCCAUUCGGCACACACGCGAAAUUUCGUCGGAGCUCCCAAAAUUAUCGCCGCAACGACGGGCCGUGGAUAUGCAGGAAUGGAGGAUGAUUUCACACCGGAUACAGGAGCUUUCGAUUCACUUACAUCCCAUCCUAUGCCGAGUGUACCACCGCCACCACCACCGCCACUCUCCGAUGAGCUGUACACGGAAGAACCGUACGGUAUUGCACUAUACGACUUCCAGGGCGAAGCGGAUGAAGAUUUGAGUUUUAAGACAAAUGAGAAGAUUUAUCUACUGAAGCGACUGAACAAUGAGUGGUAUAUGGGUCGCGACAAACGUGGCCUUGAAGGAAUGUUUCCCGUGAACUAUGUUGAGGUGAAGGUGCCGCUAGCUGCAGGCUGUGCGUCUCAAGAAUCGCCCCAUAGCAACGAAAUGUCAUCUGCUGUGAAAGUGAGGGCACUGUACAGCUUCAAAGCGGAAGCACCCGAAGAUCUUACUAUAAUGGAGAACGAUUACGUUGCCGUACUGUAUCAAAUCACAUCGGACUGGCUGUACGGAGAGAUCGAUGGUCGAAAAGGUCAGUUUCCAGCGAAUUAUAUAGCAUAUGUGCCACCGAACCUACCGCAGAUGCCUGUAGCAAGCAGCUAAACACCAAAUAUAAAUGAAGAUAUAGGUAUCGAAUCUCGAGUAUUUACACAUAUCCUAGGAGCGCUUGCCUUAGUACACGAAGCACGAACGAACACAACGUAAAUAUCGCAACUGACUUGCAUCACAGACACAGAACCACCCAGGAGACUAAAUGCAAACAACGGGUCCCUUCCUUUUUAAAACAUGUAAAGAAGCUGUGAUUUUUUGUAUGUAGUGUGCUUGUGAUGAUGAGGCUUCUUACAAGCAAACGACAAAACAUCGGGACUAAGAGCAGUUGGUCUGAGUGUUUAUAUGAGUGUGAGCCGUGUUGCAUAUGCACGUGCAUGGCAAUCGCAGUUUAUAGGCCAUCAUUUAUUAACCGGAUAAGUUGGUGAUAAUUAGUUAAGCAAGUAAGCAAUGAGGCGGUGGCUACGCAGAAUUAACUCCGGUUUGCGUUGUAUGUAAGUGUGGUUCCAUGUAUCGCAAGGUACAUAACCAAUCACACCAUUUGACUGUAAAUUUGCCUAUUAGUAGAGAGCCCGGUUGGGGGAAGGUCGAAAAAAAGCGCCAAAGCUGAGUAGAAAACAAUUUUGCACGGGUGAGCCUCUGAACAUCUGAUAUUUAGAGUACAUCAAUAUUAGCUAAAGCGCGUAUAUACCUUGGAACGUAAUGCUGCGCAAUCCGUGGCCAAAGAGAACGCACUGCACAGUGGCCUAGUUGAGAAGUAACAGUAGAUGGUCCAUUCAUAUAGGAAGUAAUGGUAAUGUAAUUGGUCUAGAAAAGUGAAUCCCUAAUAUAUGCUAUGAACAGAUCUGAAUAAUCCUGAAUUAUAAUUUAAAACUCUGCAUUAUUUCUCACAAAAAAACAAGCGUGUGUGUGCAUAAUAUGGUGUUUGGAUGAGAUCCUUAUUGACCUGUUAUCAGAUAAUUUUCGUUUCAACAGCAUAAAAGGCAUGUGUUUGUAUAUACUUUAUAUCGCUGCUAGGCGGUGUGUGUCCUACCGUGUAACAACACUUUAGUGCGAAGCAUUUGUGCACAAGAAAUUUGUUAAUAAACAAAAAGGAUACCCUGUACAA